AUGCCUCUUGUUACCCGUUCAGGGCGUCGGACUAAAGCCCCACCACCGCCUGACUAUGUUCGCACUUACACGUUCAAGGACCAAAAGGCUGCUGAAUCUGAUGCCGAUGACAACCAGGCCUCUACACAUACUACGCGAAAGCAAACUCGCUCUCAUGCUGGCCCGAAGUCUGUCAUGAAUACCCAAAACCAAGACCGUCCGCAUCCUCAACCCAAGGCUCGCCCUCUUCCAAGGAAGAAGCGCAGUGACGUGAACGAAGGUCCCGAGGUCCAGUUGUCUGACACCGCCGACGGGUCCACAAAUGGCGCAGAUGGUGAUGUGCCAUCAGCUGGUCUCGAGGAAGAUGGUACUAGUAAUGCUGCCAAUGAGGAUUCAGGUAUCAACGAACCACAGAGAGCAGACUGCACUUCUAUCCGACGCGACAAACAAAGGGGAGAGAGAUCCAACGGUGAAUGCGGUGGUGCUGCAGCGACAGACAAAGGGGAGAGAUCCGACGGUGAAUGUGGUGGUGUUGCAGUGACAAACAAAGGGGAGAGAGACGCAGGUCUAUCUGACGGUGAAUGUGGUGGCAUUACUAAGAUGAACAAAAGGGAGACAAAUGAAGGGGAGAGAGAUGCAGGUCUAUCUGACGCUGAAUGUGGUGGCACUACUAUGACGAACGAAAGGAAGAGAGAUGCAGUUCCGUCCGACGGUGAAUGUGAUGGUACUGCAGCGACGAAUAAACAGGAGAAGACUGCAGUUGCAUCCACGACCGUUCACCCACGUAGAUCUGGUGCCCACAAAUCGUAUGCUCCUGGUCAUGAGAGCGAACCCACAGAGAGCUCUGACUCUGACAGCGACUGGGCAGAACUCAAAGAGAAGCGAAAGAAAGCAGAACGCGCUAAUGAUCCUGCGAGGCCAUUCAGACUGUCUGCGAAUGACAAGCAGAAGGGACGAGCGGUGGCAGACGACCACGGUGACAAUGCCGAUGCCGAUCCCGAGGGCUGCGAUGAAGAUCAGAUGUCUGAAGAUGGGGAUGGGGCCACACAUAAAGCAGGAAGACUGUCCAAAGAAGGCGUUUUGAAAAUGGAAGAAUUUGGCAAGAGAGUUAUGGCUGAAGCAACUGCAAUUGGAAAAGAGUUUGGGAAACACUGGAGGGUGAUUCUUAUCGAGGCAGGACUAGCGAUGAAGGCAACUCGCAAAGAGUCUGCCUGGAACCAGCAUCAAGCCUGGUUCCCGACUCAAAAUGCGCACUAUCAUGCCCACCCGUACAAAGACCCUAACCACGCAUCCCUAUGGAAGAAAAUCCAACACCAUUGGGAUAGCGUGGUCGCCAGCCCUGAGGAUCUUUCAUCACGGGAGUCAUCCAGUCUCAUGACAGCAGUUCGUGAAGUGUUUGCGAAAUCGGCUUCAUAUUGGUACCGCACCCACGGAAUCCAUAUCGCUGGUAUCACCAUUUAUCCAGGAGAUGAGGAAUCUGGUCGGCAGGCCUCUGGCUUUUUUGCGGGGUCUAAUAUGGUGAAGGCUCUCAUUGGCGCUCGACAAGUAGAUGUAAAGCACUUGAUAGAUGAGCUUACUACAAUCCUAAAAUACAAGGACUUGGAGGCUGCUCAAGCAGAAGGCAAGAGUCUCAAUUUUCUCCCACCACCUGUCGCAGUCCCCAAUGCUCCCCUCUUGCGCAACGGCAAAUCCACCAGGGAUAGAAAUCGCAUGGUGGCGCCUUUAAUCAUCAGUGAAGCAUUUGCUGAUGCUGGUCAUCCCUCUAAAACGUUGAACAGCAGGUGGAUGAGGAUGCUUGACAUUCUUUACUCUACGCAACUUUGCAUUCAUGACUGGCCAGCAGGAGUUCCACCCCCUGGCCCUGAUUUUGAUCUCAAAUCGCUGUCUGCGAGUCAAUUACGUGCCUUAGUGGGUCCAUAUCUCAGGAAGCAUCUCGGCGACAUGUAUGAGGCUGAGUUGGGCCGAGAUGAGGACGAGGACAAUGCAGAGAAAGCCACAAUGACAAAGCGGAAAGGUAAAUCGAAGAAGUCCAAUGAGAAUCACAGAACUCGUGGCACGGUUGUGCAGGAGCCCGAUGUCAUCUUAUCUAUCAAGGGGUGGACUCGUCAGCUAUCAGACUUCGCUGGAUACUCUCACGAGGUGUACUCAAUCCCUCUUGUUAUCGACACAGAUGGCGUCAUUUUACGUUGUCUGGAAGAGUCGGAGAAAUUUAUCAAGGACCUCCCUCCCCAUGUUACUGAGCGUUUAAAUACAGGGACUUCAUGCUCUAUUGGAGCUUCGCGCUCUCACCAGGAAGCUUCGCGCUUGUACCCCGCAGCUCCGCGCUCCGACUAUCGGGCUCCGCGCUCCAACUCUGGGGCUUUGCGCUCACAACAUGGGGCUUUGCGCUCACAACAUAGGGCUUUGCGCUCGAUUCCACCUGUCCCUAUUCACACUGACCAUGAUGAACUCCUGGAUCACAGCAUUCACUCAGAUGAGUCCGACGAUGAUCUCCCACCGUCAUCUCCACCACUGUCAUCUCCUCAUGCGACCCCUCAAGGUUCGAAUGUAGCAGCAGGACGAUACCAGUACAACUGCGUACGUGAAGAUAUCCGCCGCUCAAUGGCCUCUGAGACUAGGAAAUGGACUCGUGAUGAUUAUGAAAGUGCAAGGGAGGCCAACAACAUUGAAACGGGAAUGGUGGCUGCGAGACAUUGGAGCAGGACCCAUGACAGGGCAAGCAUGGGUAUGAGGUCUACCAAGGGUCACAAUCAUCCUAAGCCAUACGUUCGUGCCUCAUCAAAGGCAUGCAUGGGACCUUCCCCGAACCAAAACACUACGCACUUGCCAUCUCAUUCGGCAGUUGUGCCAUACUCUGAGGGCUCUCCAUUUUCGCGCCAAUAUGCCUCACAUCUUCAGCCUGCUCAUGUCCUGGAUCGCCGUUUACUUCCUCUUGUAGAUGAGGAUGAAUUUGAGUAUAACUGA